AUGAACGCAGGAAUGAGGUUGGCUCAGGACACCGCCUCGGCAGAAUAUGUCGGUGACUUGGCCCUUGUUGGAGCAGAAAAAAGACGUGACGGCAAAGAGCAGCAUGCUGCGCUGCCAACGCAAGCUCGACAGCCCGCCACCAAUGCUGGCCAGGCAUACGCAAAAGUCGAUCGCCCAUCGAAACGGAAGGUCCGUGGAAGGAAAGAGCGUCUGGAAGCCGAUCAUCGCAGGGCAUUCACUCUCACCGAUAUAUGCUACCACUGUGCAGGGUGA